AUGUCGACACGUCCGCUCCUCGAGCGGAGCGGUCCCGAUGGCGACGCGGGCGGGAGCCGCGUCUGGCGGAUGAUCCAGCACCCGAUCGAGUCCAUGCGCGUCCGCGAGGCCCGGAAACGUGCACUCGCAUCCAUCCCGCGCAGGCCUGUUCUCGCAGAGUCCAUGGACUACGAGCCGCUCCAGAACGAGUUCUUCAUGACGAACCAGGCGAAGAACAAGUCCCAGGCGCGCCACUUCUACGGCUACAGCGGCCUCACAUUCGCGAAAUUCCUCGUCGUAUUCGCCACCGGAAUCGCCACGGGCCUCGUCACCGCGGCCAUGGGGGCCUACACCGGCAAGCUCACGGACUACAGGAACCGCGCCAUCACGAGCGUGAUCCACACGGACGCCAACCACGGCGGCGUCGCGAUGGGCUUCGCCGUUUACACCCUGACGUGCCUCUCCCUGGUCACGUUCGCGUCCGUGCUCGCGGAAUUCGUCGCGCCGCAAGCCGCGGGCGCGGGCGUUUCGCUCGUAAUGGCCUACCUGAACGGCAACCACAUCCCCGACCUGCUGCGCGUCCGGACGCUCGCCGUCAAGUUCGUGGGGACGCUGUGCGGGUGCGCGUCCGGGCUCGCGGUGGGCCCGGAGGCGCCGCUGAUCCACAUGGGCGCGUGCAUCGCGUCGAAUAUGACGCACUUCAGCUGCAAGUGGCUCGGGAAGCUGCUGCCGUGCUGGGGCGCCUGCAGUCCGAGGGAGGCUGCGAACGAGGUCGGCGACGGGAGCGAGGCGGCGAAUUUCCGGAGGCGGUGCGCGCUGGGCAUGCCGGCGUUCAACGACGCGGACACCCGGGAGUUUGUGUCGGCCGGGGCAGCUGCGGGCAUCAGUGCCGCGUUCGGGGCGCCCAUCGGCGGCGUCGUGUUCGCGAUGGAGGAGGCGUGCUCGUUCUGGUCCAGGAAGGUCGCCUGGCGCUGCUUCCUGGCCUCGUCGAUCGCGGUCCUCUCGAUCCAGCAACUCGACCGGAGGUCCAACCUGGGGCUGCUUUCGUUCGACGGCGUCGCGGUCCUGGAGAACAACGACUGGCUCAUGCAAACGCCCUUCCUCGUGCUCACCGCGGGAGUCGCGUCCUGCCUGGGCGUCGUCUUCAACUUCCUGCGGCGCAAGCAGUGGGCGUACCGCGCGCCGCGGUCGCGGCACUUCCUCCGCAUCCUCGAGGUCAUCGGCGUCGCGGUUCUCUCCUGCUCCGUCUUCUUCGGCCUCUCGCUCGCCUUCGGCACCUGCGUCCCGCGCAGCCAGACAUGGCUCGAGGACUACGGCAUGCGCCUGACCUGCGCGCCCGGGUUCCACAACGACAUGGCCACCGCCACGCUAUCGAUGCCGGAAAAAACAAUCCGCGAGCUCUUCUCCCUCGGGAAAAACCUCGCGCGCGAGCAGCGGUGCACCCCGGACAGUUGCUUCUUCUCGGCCCGAACCAUGGCGCUCCUCGCCGCGUCCUACCUCCUCCUCAUGGCCGCGGCCGUCAACACCGCGCUCCCCUCGGGCAUCUUCAUGCCCAGCAUCAUGGUCGGCGCAGCAUCGGGUGGCUUCAUCGGCAUGUGCCUCCAGCAGGUUCUGCCCCAUAACUGGGACAUCCAGCCGGGCCUCUACGCGCUGGUGGGCGCGACCGCGAUGCUCAGCGGGGUCUUCCGGUCGCCGAUCUCGCUCGUCGUGAUCGUCGUCGAGGGCACGCGCGGCAUCGACUUUAUGUUUGGAAUCAUCAUCGCGGUCGUCGUGUCGUCGUGGAUGUGCUACCACCUGGACUCCGAGGGCGUGUACGAGUCCGAGCUCGAGCGCGACGGCAACGUGUUCUUCCUGCGGCACGAGCCCCCGCGCCGGCUGCGGACGCUCCUCGCGAAGGACAUCAUGGCGACGGACGUGGUGGGGUUCGAACCGAUCGCGAACGUGCGGAAAAUCGUGCGCGUGCUGCAGCGGACGACGCACAACGGGUUCCCGGUGCUCGCGAACAACGUGGACCCGCUCGAAGAGGACUCGGAAGACGACUCCGUCGACAUGGGCGGCGCGGGCCGCAGCCGCCCGCUGCUCCCCCAGGGCCGCGUCGAGGGCAUCAUCCUCCGCUCCCAGGUCCUCGUCCUGCUCCAGCGCCAGGCCUUCUGCCUGUCCGACGGCUCCCCAAUCGGCCCCGUCGUCGACAAGGCCCCCGACAUCGACCGCCAGAUGCGGGAAUUCUACGCGUCGUCCUUCAAGCACCGCCGGCACCUCGUGAGCUCCGGCAAGGCCGUGGACGCGAUCCUCAACUCGUGGGCCACGGGCUCGGGCACUCGGCUGCUCAACGUAGCACACAACAUCCGCGCCGCGGCCUCGCGCGCCGCGUCGCGGCACCUCGGCGACGGCGACGGCGACGCUCUGCACCACGCCGGCUCCGCGUGCGAGUCGCUCCACGGCGGCACGCCGAGCGCGGACGUCACCGCCGACGUGCCCGCGCACCGCGCGUCGCCGCUCCGGCUCGGCGCGAGCGCGGUGGAGACCACGCAGAGCGGGUCCGAGCUCGCGGACGCGAGCCCGCCGCCCGCGCGCGGGCUGCGCGCGCGCCGCGACCGCGGCGGCGCUGCUGCGCACCCCGCGGCCGCCGCGCGCGACGGCGACGUCGUCCGUCGCUGA